AAAACUGCUGAUUCCGACAGCACAACACGACAGCGAAGGCAGCAAAUACGAAUUUGAAGAUACAGCAAAAUACAAUUCAAAUAAAAGUCAAAUAGUCUCGAAAUUUAAUUGCGCGAGUGUCGCGGUGCGGCGGUUGCAGUAGUAAAUUUUUAAAAACAGAAGUAAAGCUCAAAAACAUCCAUCAUGUUUAAUCUUGCACGUAGCACUCAAAAUAGUGCUGUUAAGCCAAUGAUGGCAGCUGCUCUUAUUAAAAACGCUGUCAAGGCUAAUAAUCUUAUGACAAAGUCACGUUGUAUUAGUUCUGUUGUGCCAAGCACUAAUUUGAAGGAUUUCCAGACUGCAAAUGAACCCGUAUAUGAAUAUAAAAAAGGCUCACCAGAGCGCAAAGCUUUGGAGGAAGCCCUUAAACGUACUGCUGCAAAAUGUGAAGAAGUUCCCAUUGUCAUUGGUGGCAAAGAAAUCCGUACCGAUCAAGUGGUGCAUCAGGUGAUGCCACAUAAUCAUCAGCAUAAAUUGGCAAAAUUCUAUUAUGCCGAUAGUAAAACAAUUAAGAGUGCUAUCAAGACCGCUGUGGAAACACAACCUAAAUGGGAUCGGGUUCCUCUCAGCGAACGCUUGAAGAUUUGGGAUAAGGCUGCCGAUUUAAUGGCUGGAAAAUAUCGUCAAGACUUAAAUGCAGCCACAAUGUUGGGCCAAGCAAAAACCAUUAUUCAAGCAGAAAUCGAUUCAGCUGCUGAAUUAAUCGACUUUAUAAGAUUAAAUGCUUUUUUCUUGAAAGAAUGCGCUAAAUAUCAGCCCAUUAGUGAAAAUAUGAAAGUAACUAAGAAUUCGAUGCGUUAUCGUGGCAUCGACGGAUUUAUUGCUGCAGUUAGUCCUUUUAACUUCACCGCUAUUGGCGGUAACUUAGCUUAUACCCCAGCUUUGAUGGGCAAUGCUGUUCUCUGGAAGCCUUCAGAUACUGCCGUGCUUUCCAACUGGCGUAUUUUUAACAUUAUGCGUGAAGCCGGAGUUCCGGAUGGUGUGGUUAAUUUCGUACCAGCCGAUGGCCCAGUUUUUGGUGAUACUAUUACAGCUUCUCCACAUUUGGCUGGUAUUAAUUUCACAGGAUCUGUUCCCACUUUCAACCGCUUGUGGAAGCAGGUUGGCAACAACAUUGAUAACUAUAUCAAUUUCCCUCGUCUAAUUGGUGAAUGUGGUGGUAAAAAUUACCAUUUCAUUCACCCUACUGCUGAUGUUCAAUCCGUAGUUACUGGAACAAUUCGUUCAGCAUUCGAAUUUUGUGGCCAAAAAUGUUCGGCUUGUUCCAGAAUGUAUGUUCCAGAAUCUUUGUGGCCAAAGAUUAAAGAUGGUCUAGUUGCCGAAGCAACCAAAUUGAAAAUCGAUGAUGUUCAAAACUUCUCAGCAUUCACGUCGGCUGUCAUUGACGAUAAAGCAUUUAAACGCAUUACUUCCUACAUUGAACAUGCCAAAAAGAGUAAAAAUUUAACAAUUUUAGCUGGUGGCACUUAUUCGGAUGCCAAGGGCUAUUUCAUCAAUCCAACCAUUGUACAAACAACCGAUCCCAAAGAUAAAAUUAUGACUGAGGAAAUUUUUGGACCCGUAUUGACCAUCUACGUUUACAAAGAUGCUGAUCUUCAAAAAACUAUGGACCUAGUGCAUACAACAACUCAGUUUGCGUUAACCGGAGCUGUGUUCGCACAAGACGAAUCAUUUUUGAAACAUGCUUUGGAAGAAUUCAAAAUGUCUGCUGGUAACUUUUACAUUAACGAUAAAUCAACUGGAUCAGUUGUGGGUCAACAACCCUUCGGCGGCGGUCGUAUGUCUGGAACAAACGACAAAGCUGGUGGGCCUCAUUACGUCAUGCGCUGGUGCACACCACAAGCAAUUAAGGAGACCUUUGUACCCCUGCGUGAUAUUGGAUAUCCAUACAUGAAAGAGUAAAUUAAAAAGCUUAAAAAUGCUAGCUAUUCCUCAACAAAAUUAGAAAUUUGAAUUCGAAUAAAAAGCUUACACUUGUAUCUCAAGAGGAAUCUCAUUGCAACAAUAAUUUAAUAUAAUUGAGAAUGGAGCCGGAUAUACGUACAUACCAUUGCAUAUUUUAUAUAUGUUUACAUACACAUGCAUGUAUAUCCAAUUUAAUCAACUCGAAUCUUUCUCGAAUAAUACGAAACAAAACCAACAAAAAUAUCCAUGUUCAGUUUAAGUUUUAACAUUAGUGUUGAAAAACCCAAUAAAACCACAAAAUGGAGUUUUAAAACUACAACUAAAUAUGUGUUUGUAUUUAUAUGUAUGUUUAUGAAAGAAAUAUAUAGCAACAUUGAAAAAUAAAUUGAAAAUGAAAUCCAUUUCAUGGUAAAAAUGUCAACACUCCAAAAAAUUUCAACACCACAAAAAAAAAAAAAAAACAACGUAAUUAGUCAGAAUCUUCAAUUCAUCAUGAAUUAAAACUGAAGUAUUUAAUUUAAACCUUAUUACAUAAAAGAGAACACCUAAAUGGUAUGCUGAUUCUAAGUGUUUGAAUACUUGUAAAUUUGAAUAUAUUUAUUUUAUUCCAUAUGCCAUCAUAUUUACAUGUAUUCCCCUCAAAGUUAUCAAAUCGAUUUAGUUUGUUUAUUGUUUGUUAUGUUAUAGAAGAUUGUUUUAUGCAAUGUUUUGCAAUCUUUCAAUUAUUUAUUAUUAGUUUUAUAUAUAUAUAUAUAUAUAUAUAUAUAUAUAUAUAUAUAUAUAUAUAUAUAUAUAUAUAUAUAUAUACACGACAAAGUAUAUAUAUAUAUAUAUACACUCAUAGAAAUUUUUUAGUAAAAACAGCAAAAAUGCUGCACAAAGUCUGCUGAAAAUGGGACAGGAGUAAUUUGUUGCUAAAACACUAAAUAUUUUCUGCUUUUUUCAAAUUUUGAAAAUUUAAAAAGCUUAAAAAAAUUGUAAAUAUUUAAAAAAAAUUUAUAUUCCAUAUACUUUUCAAUAUAUGCUUUUAAAUACAAAAUUAACGACUAAAAUUGUCAAACAAAAUUUUGUUUACUAAAUUGUAACAAUUGCCUCAAUUGUUGUUUCCAAAAAAUUUUUAAUGGAUUUAUUCAAAAGUUCAAAAUCUUUCAUUUUCUAUCAGCAGACAGUUUUUGCUGCAAUCAGUAGACUAAUUUUUCUGGGUGUAUAUAUAUUUGUCGUUUAAAAUGUGAAGAGCGCUAGAUAGUUAGGAGAAGAUGAAACGAGAAAACUAAACUGUACACGAGACAUAGAUUUUUGACAAUACACUUGAAUAUUAUGAUACAUACAACAGCAUUGUUUUAUUUUAAAGUUUGGAAAUAAAGAUUGAAAUUUGGAAGAAAAACUCCGGUCUUUUUAAAAAUAUA